AUGAGUCAAGUCUUUAAGCCUAUCGAUGAUCCAGAUUGUCAGCACAUUGAGGGGGUAGAUCCAGAUUGCAUGGACAAUUCGCUUCAACGGGUUCACGUCAGUCUAGAACGACAAAGGUCAAUCGUUCAGAAGUUUGACCGGCGUCUAUUGCCGCUCCUUUGCAUCUUGUACAUUUUGUCAUACUUGGACCGCGGCAACAUCGGCAACGCAAAAAUUGCUGGACUCCAAGAGAGUUUGCACCUCGAUGACUCAGACUGGUCCUGGGUUCUGAACAGCUUCUAUCUGUGCUAUACUGUCUUUGAGUGGACAAACCUUCUGUGGAGACUAUUUCCCGCGCAUUAUUAUGUGGCAGUUUUGUGCAUUUGCUCGGGUGCUGCUGCCAUGUGUAGCGGAGCAGUCCACAACCUUGGUGAGCUUAUUGUGUGUCGGUGCCUGUUGGGUGUGUUCGAAGCCAGUUUCGGUGCUGGGGCACCUUAUUUCCUCUCUCUGUUCUACCAACGACAUGAGCUGGGGCUCCGCGUGUCGGUACUUCUAGGAAUGUCUCCGAUCGCGAACUGCUUUGCCUCUGCACUGGCAUAUGGCAUUACUCAAAUUCGGAAUGGACUUGAGCCAUGGCAGUAUCUCUUUCUGAUUGAAGGGGCACCUACCGUGCUAAUCUCCAUUGUUGUGUUUUUCUUCCUCCCGGAUAGCCCCGGGUCGGCUCGGUUCUUGAAUGAGCAGCAACAAGCAGAUGCAGUUGGGCGCCUGACAACACAAGACCGCACCGCAAAAGACCGCGUGCAUUGGAAGCAGAUAUGGAGUGGUCUCCUGGACUAUAAGAACUAUGUGCACAUGAUCAUACAUUUCUGUUGCAAUUAUUCGUUUGCGGGUCUGUCCAACUUCCUGCCCACUCUCAUUGAAGAUAUGGGCUACGUCUCCGUCCACGCUCAGGGCCUCACAGCCCCUCCCUAUCUGGGAUCUUUUGUUUGCUGCCUGGCAGCCGCCUUCCUGUCGGACCGAUUGGGUAACCGAGGCUUAGUAGUGGUAGGAUUUUCGUCAAUAGGCUUGGUUGGCUAUUUGAUGCUAGCCUGUGUUCACGAUGCUAGCGCAGACGGGGUACGGUAUGCAGGUAUCUGGUUAGCAACAUGUGGAGUGUUCCCGUCUCUCGCGAUUAACAUAACCUGGUUACUGAAUAACCAGGGUGGCGACAGUAAACGAGGAGCCGGGAUGGCAGUUUUAGCGAUAUUCGGGCAGUGCUCGAGCUUCGUCAGCAGCUCUUUAUUUCCGGCCACUGAUGCACCCAACUAUACGCGUGGGUGUGCUGCGGGCGCAGGCUUGACGGGCUUAGUGGUGGUUCUUGGCGCCGUGCUACACUGCAAACUCAGGCUCGAAAAUGCUCGACGGAACCGGGUACAUGGUCGCGUCAAUGAGGAACAUGCUAUCGAUGUGACGGAAGCUGGAGAUGAUGAUCCUAAUUUUCGCUACAUCACUUAG